GCACCAAACCCAUUGAUGCCUCUUAAAACUAGAGGACCCCUCAUCUUAUUAUUAAUUGUUAGCUUCCUAGAUACAAUCUUGUGCAAUGGCCAUGGCCAAGGCUAAGCUUGUCUCUCUUCUGCUUCUGGCACUACUCAUUGCCAUUUCCGCGAUCUCAGCUCAGCAGGUUAUGGCAAAAGAGGCUGCUCAGUAUCACUUGGACAGUGGUAGUUAUGGUCCCGGAAGUCUGAAGAGCUACCAGUGCCCAUCUCAAUGUGCUAGAAGAUGUGGGCAGACACAGUACCACAAGCCAUGCAUGUUCUUCUGCCAAAAAUGUUGUGCUAAGUGCCUUUGUGUUCCUCCUGGCUACUAUGGCAACAAGGCUGUCUGCCCCUGCUACAACAACUGGAAGACCAAGCGUGGAGGACCCAAGUGCCCUUGAAAGUUGAAACUAUGUCACCUGCACCUGCAGCUAUAUAAUUUUACUUUAUACUUAUUGCUUGGCUUGCAUUAAACUGUACCAAGAAAGAAGUGGAAUUAUUAGGACUAUAUGCUCAUUUGCUGUGAUAUGAUUCAUUUCAUGCUUCAUAGCUGAGGCCUUUCUAAUUUGUGGGAUUGGGACCCCGCUCCUUGAUCUCAUCUAAUCAAUAAUCCUCCUUGUCAUUGUCCGGUUCUUGUGUUAAAUGGAGUACUGUGCAUAUGUUAAUUUUAGUUUUGAUAUCACGAAUUAUGAGACAUCUCCUGUGGUUUAAGGGAUUUGUAGAUCA